CUGCUUCUCUAUUCAAACAAUCCUCGGACUCAGUCACACACCUUACUGUGAAGUCAGACUAACAGUAUGUAGCUGUCUGACAAAUGGCAUUGUUCAUCCCUGAUAUGGCUGGUCAUCUGUUCUUGGUCGUCCUCCUUUUUGAUACCUUCCAAUCCAUCAAAGCCCAAGGCCCUCCUCUUCCCAGGUUGACAGUGAGUCCUGCUUUCAUCAGAGAGAGCGACUCAGUUCAGCUGAGCUGUGAGACUUCUCCAUCCGUCUCCGUGUCUCAGUGUUAUCUCUUCACUGAGAAAAGAGACUUUAAACCAUCCUGUCGGCAGACACUCACAGGGACUGAGCUCCUCUCGUGGUCAGAUCAACGUUCACCUGCUGUGGUCAAUGUGAGAUGUUUCUACUAUGCUAUUGGUAGUUUUUCCCCAUCCUCUGACAGCGACCCUGGCUCAGUCACUGUCCAAGUCCCUCCCAGGUUGACAGUGAGUCCUGAAGUCAUCAGGGAUACAGACACAGUUCAGCUGAGAUGUCACACUUCUCAAUCUACCUCUGUGUCUCAGUGUUACUUCUACAUAGAGGAAAGACAACAUCUCCAACAAACCACAUCCUGUCAACAGUCACUCACAGGGACCAAGCUGCUUGAAUGGGCAGGUCGUGGUCCAACCACCAAGGUCAACAUGAGAUGUAUCUACUAUGCUGUAGAGAUGUCUAUCUACUCUCCUUACAGUGACCCUGUCUCAGUCACUCUCCUGGACGUCCCUCAGCCCAAGCUGACAGUGAGUUCUACAGUCAUCAGAGAGAGAGACUCAGUUCAGCUGAUCUGUCAGACUCCUCCAUCUGUCUCUGUGUCUCGGUGUUACUUCUACACAGAGGGGAGAGAUCCUAAACCCUCACCCUGUACGAGGUCACUCACAGGGGCUGAGCUGCUCUCGUGGGCAGGUGAACGUUUAUCUGCUGAGAUCAAACUGAGAUGUCAUUACACAGUAGAGACUCACUAUCCAUCGACGCACAGUCAUCCUGCGCCUAUCACUAUUCUUGGUGAACUGCAGAAACCAGACAUUAGUGUCAAUGACGAAUCUUCUCAUGACAUCACCAUUAUUUGUGUACUUCCUGAGUCUGUCAGUGAUGGUCAUAGCUGUAACCUGUACACUGGAGACCAGACUCAGGCCUACAAAGAGGCUUGGGUCAGGACAUUUAACACAGCAUUAUCCAAACUAUUCUGUACCUUCAAUGUUACCAAGAAUGAUCUGUUCAGGCAUCUGCAGUUGGAGAGAGAUGUGAGCUGUGACUAUAGAGUGAACACAGGAUCACACUCUCUGUCUCCCCGCAGUGAUAAAUACAUUAUUAUAGGUCAGAAACCAAAUAUUACAGUCAGUCUGAAAGAGAACUUCAUCAUCACCUGUUUAAUUCCUGGCUCUGUCAGUUAUGACACCACCUGUAACCUGUAUGUUGGAGAGCAGAGUAAGCAUCUUAUAAAAGCACACAUCAGGAAGACGAAACACACAGAUUCCAAAUGCUGGUUCUGUCAAUUCUCUGUGGUUGAGAGUGAUCUGAUCAGACGUCUUCAGUCAGUGAGGAGUAGGGAGGUGAGCUGUGAUUACAGAGUGAGCUCAGGACCAAACUCUCUCUCUCCACGCAGUGAUGGGUACAGCUUUACAGUGGGUAUGACUCCAGGUCCUAGAUCUACUUUGCCUCCCAGCACAACAGUGAGUCCUACAGAAGACACCACAGUGACAGCAACUUCCAGUUUGACCUCUCCUUUGACCUCCAGUACAGCAGUGAAUCCUACAUCAGCAGUUUCGACUGUUACUUCUACUUUGACCCCUGACAUCACAGUGAGACCAACUAGUUUGACCUCUCCUUUGGCCCCCAGCACAGCAGUGAAUCCUACAUCAGAUUUGACUGUUAGUCCUACCUUGACAACUGACACCCCAAAGAGUCCAACUGAGAGAGGUCAAAGCUCCACAGAAAGCGUUGUGAAUUCAAACAGUCAAAAAAGAGUUUUGGCGGUGCAAUUAUGGCAGGCAGCAGUGGGUAUGGCUUCUGGAGUGGGCGUGUUCCUGAUGGGAUUGACAGCUGUCUAUCUCUGCAGGAGGACCAAGAAAACCAAUUCUCAGAGACCUACAGCCAGACAGGAUGAUCAGAGACAAUGUGAUUUGGUGAUGGGAGCUAUGAGCAGUGCAGGCAUGUUGGAUUCAAGGGAUGCUGGGAUCUAUUCUCUCAUCACUUAUGUACCGUCCACGUUUUUGCCCUCAGGUCCUGUGCAGGUAUCUACAAAUGAAGAUGCUGAUUCAGAGAAUGCAGGGGUCUACAGCCUGAUCACUUCGGUACCAUCCACAUCUGUACCACCAGGUCCUUUUGAAGAAAAUGGAAAGUCAUCUGAAAACGACAAUUCUGAUACGUACCACGUAUACAGCUUUAUCCCCGACAGACCAGCAACCUCAGCCCAGCCAGAUGGGUUGUACAGUCUUCUGCAGACACACUGAAACUACACCACUGGCUCUCUGUAUGUCUCACAGAAAUACUCCUUCUUUCAGGAUGUCCUUUAUUUAUCACACAUCAUGUUACUGUAAAUAAGUAUCUAAUACAUCUACUGCAGUGCCGUUUCUAUUUAUAAGCGACAUACAGUAAGCAGCCGCUAGAGGCCCCUCCCCCCUCCAAAAAAACGUAGGAUAGUAGAAUACACAACGUGCAGUUUAGAAAUGUGAUUCUGCAUCAGCAGUUUUCCUCUUGUUAUGUCAGUCACUGACAGUCACUCAAUUAUCCCAUGUCAGCUAAGAUUUUAUAGAUUGCUAGGCAAGUUAGUCUCACCAGCUAUCUAAGCCUUGUAGUAAUGUCCAAAUUACUGCCCAGGGGCCCUGACCUCCAGGGGGCCCCCAAUGAUUUUGUUAGUCACUCUCACUCAGAUAUCAAAUGAACAUGGCAUAAGUCAUGCCAAAAUGUGUAGAAUUGCAGGAAAUUUGCUUUAAAACAGAAUUUUAUUAUUUCAACGACAAUGGCACAACGAGUUGAAUUGCAGGAAAUGUGCUUAAUUACGUGCAAAGUUUUCUCCGCCCCAUGGCAAAAUGAGUAGAAUUGCAAGACAUUAUCUUUAAAGCUCCAAAUGUUUCUCUCGAGCGGGACCACUAAAAUGUUUUGUCAGCGAGGUGGGCAAGUCUCGCUUAGGGCCCCCAAAAUGCUUGGAACUGCCGUAAUUUACUGUAUCACACAUGGACACCUGGCUUGUGUUACAUGCCUAUCCAUAAUAUCUGUUAAUGUGUUAGUAUUUUUAUUUGGGGAUUUUGGAGGGGUCCGGGGCAUACUACCCUUUAAACAUUUUUAAGUAAAUUCCCAAGUAAAUAUAUACUGUAUUUAUAUCUAUUCUGUCAUCUGUGUGAUGUCUCCCUCCAUAACGGUUUGAUACAGUUUACUAAAUAAAAUAUAUUUGUGAUCAAAAUCGAUAGAUACAGACAAUUUAAAAUCAAUAAAUAUAUAACAUAUUCACACAUAAUGCAAAAUGCAGGUAAAUAGGAAAUUAAGAUAAAUUAAUUGAAAUUAAGUUAUUAAGAUCCAAAGUGGUAUUGCUAAGACAUUUUUCUUGGUGAAAUUCAUCUUGCAUUGAAAUUUGCUUAUAAUAUAAGCCAAAAAUGCACCCAAAAAAUCUGGGGAAAAUGUCUAAUGUUAUUUUAACAAUUUUGCGCAAAAGUUAGCAAACCCCAAAAACCUGAUCUUGUAGCAAAAGUAUUGAUAUUGAUAUUGCCCACAUACUUUGUUACAAGCUGCAAAAUAUAACAUUUCGGUUUUAAAAAUGUUUACAUUGUUGGCAACAUCAGAUCAUCAAAACUGAAAAAUAUAGAUUUCCUAAAUGCUAUUCAAAUCUCCCAAUUUCUCCAUGUUUACUUGUUAACUUGUUAUUUCCCAAGUUCCCAGUUGACUUUCAACUUACUCAGCACCUCAGUCACUCCAUCAAUGUGCAGUGUUAUGGACACAUUCUAGCCUUGAAGUCUAAUGACUGCGGAGUGGUUUAGAUGUAAAUGGUGUGAGAACACAACUUCAUUACAUUUGUUUCCAGUUAACAUGAGCUUAUAUUCUGUUUCGAUGCACACUUGAGCCCAGCGGUCAGGAUGGUCGAUUAUGCUAUG